GCACGCGCCUGAGGACGCGUAUGACGCGCUAUGAUGGCGCGGAAGGAAGCUGUAAAUGAGCAUCGUCUCCUAAUUUUUAUGAUCGGUGUUGUAUUUCUACAUUUGUUUAUCUGUCCCUACACUAAAGUUGAAGAAAGUUUUAAUUUACAAGCAAUUCACGAUGUUCUGUAUCACGGAUUUGAAUUUGAAAAGUAUGAUCAUCAUGAGUUUCCUGGUGUGGUUCCACGGACGUUUCUUGGACCGCUGUUCAUAUCAGCACUCAGUGUACCAAUGACGUGUGUGCUUGCUCUCCUUCAAGCACCAAAGUUUUACACUCAAAUCCUAGUGAGAGGAGUUCUUGGACUAUGUGUGAUUCUGUCACUGUGGCAGAUGCAGAGAGAGGUCCGGAGGCAGUUUGGGUCAAUGGUGGCCAGUCUGUUCUGCUUCAUCUGCACUACACAGUUCCAUCUGAUGUUUUACAGUACCAGAACCCUCCCAAAUGUGAUUGCUUUUCCUUUAGUUCUGCUGGCGUUCACAUCUUGGCUGGCCCAGAGACACUGUGCCUUCAUUUGGCUCUCUGCUUUGGCCAUUAUUGUGUUCCGCUCUGAAUUGUGUCUCUUCUUUGGCCUGAUGUUGUUGAUGUCACUCCUGAGCAGGAAACUCCAUUUUCUGCAACUGCUUUACCAUGCCAUACCUGCUGGUGUUUUAUCUUUGGGUCUCACUGUCAUGGUUGACACAUUUUUCUGGAAUAAGCUGCUCUGGCCUGAGGGUCAGGUACUGUGGUACAACACAGUCUUGAAUAAAAGUUCAAACUGGGGAACUUUCCCUUUUCUGUGGUACUUCUACUCUGCUCUUCCUCGAGCACUUGGCAGCACAAUACUUUUUAUUCCAAUUGGCCUAUUGGACAGACGAACAAGAAUACCACUCGGCGUAACUGUAGGCUUCAUUCUACUGUACUCCCUUCUGCCCCACAAGGAGCUCCGUUUUAUCAUCUACACCUUCCCUGUGUUCAACAUGAUUGCUGCCUGCGGUUGUUCCUUCAUUUUUAAGAACUACCACAAGUCAUGGAUGUAUAAAAUUGGCUCCAUAGUUGUGGUAGGACAUCUGAUGUUAAAUGGAGUAUACACAAGUAUUUCUCUGUAUGUUUCCCAUCACAACUACCCAGGAGGGAAAGCAAUGUAUGAGCUACAUAGGUUAAUGCCAGCAACAGAAGAUGUGUCAUUACACAUUGAUGUACUAGCUGCACAAACAGGAGUCUCGCGUUUUCUGGAGCUAAAUAGUAACUGGAGAUAUGACAAGAAAGAGGAUUUGACCCUUGAAGAUCCAGUUAUGAAGACAUAUUCACACCUGUUAAUGGAAGCGAAUACAACCAAGAUAUUGCUGCUCAAAGACUCUCACAAACCUCUGGUCUUCAUCCCAGGAUACCAAAGCCUUGCAUUUGAGGUGUUCCACUUUCCACCUCUCAAAAUCAAGCUAAACAACAAACUUGUGCUUCUAGAAAGACAUUUAAAUAAUGAAUCUAGAUAAUAAACACUGAAUAAAAUAUUUUAUAGACCAAUAAAUGUUUACAGAAGUGGUUAUCUGAA